UCCAGUAAGUGCAACUCUUAGAAUUCUUCAAAUCAGAGGAUCUGGCCCUGAAAAGUGCCCAAAGUUCCUCCUGCCAUGGGAUUGUUCAAUGUCACUCACCCUGCUUUCUUCCUCCUGACCAGUAUCCCUGGUCUGGAGAGCUCUCACUCCUGGCUGGCAGGGCCCCUCUGUGUGAUGUAUGCUGUGGCUCUUGGUGGAAACACAGUGAUCCUGCAGGCUGUGUGGGUGGAGCCCAGACUCCAUGAGCCCAUGUACUACUUCCUGUCCAUGUUGUCCUUCAGUGAUGUGGCCAUGUCCAUGGCUACACUGCCCACUGUACUCAGAACCUUCUGCCUUGAUGCCCGAAAUAUUGCUUUUGAUGCCUGCCUAAUCCAGAUGUUUCUAAUUCAUUCCUUCUCCAUGAUGGAGUCAGGUAUUCUGCUAGCCAUGAGUUUUGACCGCUAUGUGGCCAUUUGUGAUCCCUUGCGCUAUGCCACUGUGCUCACCAAUGAAGUCAUUGCUGGGAUAAGUUUAGCUGUGACUGCCCGGAGCUUCAUCACCCUCUUCCCUCUUCCCUUCCUUAUCAAGAGGCUGCCUAUCUGCAAGUCCAAUGUUCUUUCUCACUCCUACUGCCUACACCCAGACAUGAUGAAGCUUGCUUGCUCAGAAAUUACUAUCAACAGCAUCUAUGGACUCUUUGUUCUUGUAUCCACCUUUGGCAUGGACCUGUUUUUUAUCUUUCUCUCCUAUGUGCUGAUUCUGCGUGCCGUCAUGACCAUUACUUCCCAUGAGGGACGCCUCAAAGCUCUCAACACAUGUGUGUCACAUAUCCUGGCUGUACUUGCAUUUUACAUGCCAAUGAUUGGGGUCUCCACGGUGCACCGUUUUGGGAAGCAUGCCCCACACUAUAUACAUGUCCUCAUGUCAAAUGUCUACCUCUUUGUGCCUCCUGUGCUCAACCCUUUCAUUUAUAGUGCCAAGACAAAGGAGAUCCGCCAAGCCAUUGUCCGCAUGCUUCACCGCCUCAAAAUAUGACUUUCACAUUUGAUUUUACAAUCUGUUUAUUGUCGCCAUAGGCUC